CAGAUGACUCCACCCAUCGAACAUUCAGUUGAGCAGGUAAACAGGUAAGUAAGGAAAGGUCCAAAACAGAAACGGAAGCUUAACGGCCAUUUUAAAAAUGGAGGAGAAAGAAAUCCUAGGAAAGAAGGAAUAAAAUGAAAUGUAAAAAACGGAGUAAACAGUCUGUUGUGGAGUGGAACUGAUGUAAGAGAAGCUGAAGUUGCUGUGUUUCAAGCUGUUUAUAUAUCGGGUGAACGGACAAGGAAGAACGCAGGCACCUAUUACGCGAAAAAGCGUCCACCUAGAGGUCUGCCAAUUUGGGUCAGAACCCACUUGUGAAUCUGAUCUGGCGUGUUCAGGUGUCCUGAGACAGGGGGCGCUGUUUCUAAAAUGAGUUCCUCAGAGGAGACAGAGACUGAGGAUGGAACCCACGGCCCUGCGAGAAAGAGGGUCCAGGUAGAUAGGGCUGGGUCACCUGUACCCAGCUGUCUGUCUAUGAAGAGUGACCAUUCAUUGAAUCAUCCAAUCGAAUUCAGAGGAGAGUUCACAGGUGAUCAAAGGGUCCAGGUAGAUAGGGCUGGGUCACCUGUACCCAGCUGUCUGUCUAUGAAGAGUGACCAUUCAUUGAAUCAUCCAAUCGAAUUCAGAGGAGAGUUCACAGGUGAUCAAAGGGUCCAGGUAGAUAGGGCUGCGUCACCUGUACCCAGCUGUCUGUCUAUGAAGAGUGAUCAUUCAAUGCAUCGUCCAAUGUACUUCAGUGGAGAGUUCACAGGUGAUCAAAGGGUCCAGGUAGGUUGGGCUGGGUCACCUGUACCCAGCUGUCUGCCUAUGAAGAGUGACUUUUCAAUGUAUCAUCCAAUGUACUUCAGUGGAGAGUUCACAGGUGAUCAAAGGGUCCAGGUAGAUAGGGCUGCGUCACCUGUACCCAGCUGUCUGUCUAUGAAGAGUGAUCAUUCAAUGCAUCGUCCAAUGUACUUCAGUGGAGAGUUCACAGGUGAUCAAAGGGUCCAGGUAGAUAGGGCUGCGUCACCUGUACCCAGCUGUCUGUCUAUGAAGAGUGAUCAUUCAAUGCAUCGUCCAAUGUACUUCAGUGGAGAGUUCACAGGUGAUCAAAGGGUCCAGGUAGGUUGGGCUGGGUCACCUGUACCCAGCUGUCUGCCUAUGAAGAGUGACUUUUCAAUGUAUCAUCCAAUGUACUUCAGUGGAGAGUUCACAGGUGAUCAAAGGGUCCAGGUAGAUAGGGCUGCGUCACCUGUACCCAGCUGUCUGUCUAUGAAGAGUGAUCAUUCAAUGCAUCGUCCAAUGUACUUCAGUGGAGAGUUCACAGGUGAUCAAAGGGUCCAGGUAGAUAGGGCUGCGUCACCUGUACCCAGCUGUCUGUCUAUGAAGAGUGAUUAUUCAAUGCAUCGUCCAAUGUACUUCAGUGGAGAGUUCACAGGUGAUCAAAGGGUCCAGGUAGAUAGGGCUGCGUCACCUGUACCCAGCUGUCUGUCUAUGAAGAGUGAUCAUUCAAUGCAUCGUCCAAUGUACUUCAGUGGAGAGUUCACAGGUGAUCAAAGGGUCCAGGUAGGUUGGGCUGGGUCACCUGUACCCAGCUGUCUGUCUAUGAAGAGUGACCAUUCAAUGAAUCAUCCAAUGUACUUCAGUGGAGAGGUCACAGGUGAUCAAAGGGUCCAGGUAGAUAGGGCUGGGUCACGUGUACCCAGCUGUCUGUCUGUGAAGAGUGACCGUUCAAUGGAUCGUCCAAUCUUCUUCAGUGGAGAGUUCACAGGUGAUCAAAGGGUCCAGGUAGAUAGGGCUGGGUCACGUGUACCCAGCUGUCUGUCUGUGAAGAGUGACCGUUCAAUGGAUCGUCCAAUCUUCUUCAGUGGAGAGUUCACAGGUGAUCAAAGAAUCCACUGCUCACAGCUGUCCAACCAUAUUGUAAAGAGGAGUUCAGAGAAACUGUUCUCAAAACAGCUGACCAGCAGCCUUGUGAAGCAGAAGGAUCUCACUGACUCACUGGAGAGAGAUGAGCAGCACAAUACAUCCAUAGAAAGAGCUCAGAAGCUGCUGAAAACUGCUCUGAAGAAGAAGUUUGAAUGCAUAUUUGAAGGUUUAGCAAAGCAGGGCAACCCAACCCUCCUCAAUGAGAUCUAUACAGAGCUCUACAUCACAAAGGGGGGAAGUGGGGGGGUCAAUGAUGAACACGAGGUCAGACACAUUGAGACAGCAUCCAAGAGACACACCACACUGGAGACUGCAAUCCUCUGCAAUGACAUCUUUAAGCCUUUACCUGGACAACAGAGACCCAUCAGAACUGUGCUUACAAAGGGCAUCGCUGGCAUUGGGAAAACCGUCUCUGUGCAGAAGUUCAUUCUGGACUGGGCAGAAGGAAAAGCCAAUCAGGACAUUGAUUUCAUCUUCACUCUUCCUUUCCGAGAUCUGAAUCUGAAAAAGGAGAGAGAUUUUAGUCUCAUGAAACUUCUGCAGCACUACUUUCCGCAGCUGAAAGAGAUCAAAAGUUUUGAAGAUGAAGUCAAAGUUUUGUUCAUCUUUGAUGGUCUGGAUGAGUGUCGACUUCCUCUAGAUUUCCAAAGCAAUAAGAUCUGCUGUGAUAUAACAGAGUCAUCAUCAGUGGAUGUGCUGCUGACCAACCUCAUUCUGGGGAAUCUGCUUCCCUCUGCUCUCCUCUGGAUCACCUCCCGACCAGCAGCAGCCAAUCAGGUCCCUCCUGAGUGCGUCCACCAGGUGACAGAGGUACGAGGGUUCAAUGACCCACAGAAGGAGGAAUACUUUAGGAAGAGAAUCAGGGAUAAGAAAAAGGCCAGCAGAAUUAUCUCACACGUAAAGUCAUCUAGGAGUCUGAACAUCAUGUGUCACAUACCAGUCUUCUGCUGGAUUUCUGCCACUGUACUGGAGACAAUGUUGGGUAAAUUAGGCAAUAGAAAAAUGCCCAAAACUCUGACUGAUAUGUACACACACUUUCUGCUCAUUCAAACUAAUGUGAAGAAUGAGAAGUAUCAUGGCACCGAUGUGACAAACCCAGAAAUCUCAGAGUCCGAUACAGAAAUCCUCCUUAAACUGGGGCAGCUGGCUUUUCUACAGCUGGAAAAGGGCAAUCUGAUAUUCUAUGAAGAGGACCUGAGAGAGAGUGGCAUUGAUGUCAGUGAAGCUUCAGUGUACUCUGGGGUGUGCACAGAGAUCUUUAAAGAGGAGUGUGGGUUGGAUCAGGAGAAGGUCUACUGCUUCGUGCAUCUGAGCAUUCAGGAGUAUCUGGCUGCGUUGUUUGUGUUUCAUUCAUGUGUGAAUGAGAACAGAAAUGUACUCAGAGCAGAAGAGUCAAAACCUCGCAGGGACAGAGUGCAGCUGUCUGAGUUACACCGGACUGCAGUGGAUCAGGCCUUAGAGAGUAAGAAUGGACACCUGGACCUUUUCCUCAGAUUCCUUCUAGGCCUCUCUCUGGACUCCAUUCAGACUCUAUUAGGAGGAAUACUGACACAGACAGGAAGCAGAUCACCUGUACCAGAUUGGAUAAAAGCACUAUAUAAAUACAGUCCAUUUACCAUUUACCAUUUAGAUCCACAGACACAGACAGGAAGCAGAUCAUCUGUACCAGUCCCACAGAAAGAGAGCAGUUCAAAGAGCAUUAGGAACACAGUCCAGUACAUUGGGAUGAAGAUCAAAGAAGAAUCUUCAGCAGAAAGGACCAUCAAUCUGUUCCACUGUCUCAAUGAACUGAAUAAAAACACUCCAGUGGAAGAAAUAAAGAAGUUCCAGAGAUCAGGAAAACACUCUAAUGAAAAGCUGGAACCACACCAAUGUUCAGCUCUGGCCUUUAUGUUACUGAUGACAGAGGAGGUCCUGGAUGAGUUUCACUUGAAGACCUACAACACAUCAGCAGCAGGUCAUCAGAGACUGCUACCAGUACUCAGAAACUGCAGGAAGGCCAUUGAUGAAAAGCAACCCUGAACCAAGAGAGUGCCUGUCCAAGGAGGCCUGCAAGAUUUUCAAGUCUAUCCAGAGGGAUGAGGUGAUCAACUGUGUCAAAUACCACACUUAAGUCUAGAAGCACAGGUACAGAGAUGCAGCCAUGGUCGGAAGCGAGGAGUAGGUCAUUGAGUACUUUGACCAGGGCUGUUUCAGUGCUGUGAGAGGGUCCAAAGCCAGAUUGAAAAACUUCCAAUAUAUGAUUGGAGUGCAAAAAUGAACCAAGUUGUUUUGAAAUGGCCUUUUCUAGUAUUUUAGAAAGAAAGGGAGGUUCGAGAUAAGCCUGUAGUUAGACAGGUCAUUCACAUCCAAGUUUGGCUUCUUAAGAAGGGGUUUGAUGGCUGCAAGUUUAAGAGUCUGUGGUAUGUGUCCAGAUGCUAAAGACACAUUGACAAUAUGUAACAUUGGUGUUCCAAUCACUGGUAAUAGCUCCUUGAAAAGCUUCGUAGGGAUAGGGUCUAGAAGACAAGUAGAAGAUUUUUAGGAAUUAACUAUGGCAUUAAACUCCAUGAGAUCUAUUGGAGCACAAGAGUUCAGAUAGGCCGCCCGUCUUUCUGAAGAUUCUUCUGAAGAUUCUGCAUCCAUGCGUUGAGCGGAUGGAAGGGCAGACCCUAUAUGAGGGGUGGUAGGAGAACUUUGAAUCUUGCCCCU